UCUCAGUCCCUGACAGAGUCCGACCCCGCCCUUUCAGCAAUUAUAGGCUACAUAUAUCCCGGAGCUCCAGGAACGGAGCGAGGCAAAACGGGAUAUUACUACCAAAGCGCGCGCACAUACACGCACGGGUGUCAUUCCAUGCACCAUACACUCACUUCCCCUUCCUCGACGUCUAUCAAAAUACAUUUUGCGGACGCUCUCUCCGUCACAUCCACGGGUUUAUGGCCGCUACGCUUCUAACGGUGAGCGCUGCGCUCGCACCGGGACAAGAUGACUUUCUCUCGCUUCUCAAACCCUCACUAUCCGACGGCUUUCAGGAGGACUCCUCUCUGUUUUCAUUUGAAGCCAAGAAUCCCGAUACGGAAAGGGGCUUAUCACACGACUAUUGUCAGGCUAAAUUAGAGAUGGAUAAAUAUCUGUCUCCACAACCUAUGGCGCACCCCGACUUAAAGAAGUCAAGACGAGAGAGCAUCUCUGUAAUGGACCAGUUUUUUGGAGAUGACCACUGUUCCCCCUACAGCAUCAACAUGAACGUCUUCCUGCCCGACAUUGCGUACCUAAGAACGGGCUUGUGCCGGCCAGCACGGCCUUCGGUCCCCAGCCAGGUCAAAACUGAACCGUUAGCGGCGCCUUUCGCUCAUCCAGAGUGUCCAGUGAGCGCGACCGGCCCUCCUCCAUCCACGCUACCAGAUUUCACCAGCAUCUUUAACGCAAACUCCACUUCAGGCUCUGGAAUGGACACCAUGGACGAUAACGCCGGGGUCUUUGUCAAGCAGGAGAUGCAAGGCUUUGACAUCCCUCAGGAUGGGCCACUCUUCCAGCUCCUCAACUCGGACCUUGACGUCCCCCAUCAAGCCGAUUCUCACGCUCAUUCUGUGCCCGCGCAGAUGCCUACUUUCCACGACCUGCACUUAGCGACCCAACAGACUGCUUCCAAAUCAUACUGUGGCAUGUCCUCUGCCGGGUACCAUCUCGGCCACGGCCACUUCGUCCAUCCUCAGGGCCAGGCUCACUCGCAGCUCAAAAUGCCCUAUCUUCCCCCUACGCCUCCCACUUCAGAACCUGGCAGUCCUGACAGACAGAAGGAACAGCUUCACAAUCUGACACCGCCGCCAUCUUACGCCGCCAGUAUCGCCUCCAAAAUGGCUGUCCAUGCACCCAGUCACCCAACCCACACCUCCACACGACCUUCCGCGACCAACGAGUCCAUGCCUGUCCGUUACAACCGAAGGACAAACCCAGACCUCGAGAAAAGGCGGAUACACCACUGUGAUUUUCCAGGUUGUAAGAAAGUUUACACCAAGUCGUCCCACCUGAAAGCUCACUUGAGGACACACACUGGUGAGAAGCCGUACAGGUGCACGUGGGAAGGCUGCGACUGGCGGUUCGCACGUUCCGAUGAGCUGACGCGUCACUUCAGGAAGCACACCGGAGCCAAACCCUUCCAGUGCGCCGUGUGCAGCCGCAGCUUCUCUCGCUCCGAUCAUCUCGCCCUGCAUAUGAAGAGGCACCAGAAUUAGACACAAACACACACUCGCUUAUUAUUAUGCACAUGAAGUGAUAACUGAACAACUUAUUUCUUUCUCUACGCCGCGACGAACCUUAUAACGUUUAGGGUAAACUUAUCUCUCUGACCUGUCGAGAGUGUUGAGCUGUUGACUGUAAACUGAAAACACUUUUGAUAUUGCCAUGAAAGCCAAUUUCUUGUGGUACCUUCAGAUAUAACGCCCGUUCCUUUUUCAUCUCUCUUUCGGAUGUAUAGAUCAAGUUUCCUUUAAGCGUAAUGAAACACAGGAUUCGUUCUUGUACAUCUGCAAAGCACUUAAACACAUCUCCCAUUUAAUUUGCACUUGAAUUAGACUGGAAAUAUGAAUAUAUAUGUAUGAUAAAUACUUAUAUCACUGGAAUAGUUACUGCUCAUACUGGGGUUUCAAGUACACAGCCUAUGCUGCGAUUCCCUCUUUUUCGUUGCUGAAGUAUUUAUAGCUUUGAAUGAUAAUGUGCUGCUACUGAACAGCAAUUAUUUCAUGAAUUAUUAAACAAUGGUAUAGAAAAGCAAUGAGAAGUGGAAGAGGGCUUUAGACAGCUGUGUGAUUUGUAGAGUCCCCUUUAUACACAGAAGCAUGCCGACCGUUUGUUUUCCCACUGUCAUUGAUGCAUAAGCUCAUAUGAAUGUACGAGACCACAGUGACUGUUCCUUUAAAAUAAUGCCUUUGGAUCACAUUUCAUCUUAAAGUGCCUUUUCAAUGUUUGUUUUUAUCAGCAGCACAUGCUAGGACUUCUUGUUUAUAAAAAGACAGUCAGUAAACGCAGCAGGUUGCCGUUAAUUCACUAUUACCACAAUUCGGCCACCUUUCAUAAUUUAUAGAGAGGGUUAAAGUAUCAUCUGGUUCUUUCUUGUAAAAUCAAUGUAUUUAUUGCAUUGGCUUUGUGAAGUGGAAUUUGACAAGUUUUAUGUAAUUGAAAUGCCUUAAUGUAAAUACUAUGACAUUUUAUUGUAAAUAUUAUUUUGAAUUAUUUUCUUUUUUUUUUGUCGUUGAAAAAGUAGGGCAUCAUAUUGCUCUGGUUUUGGCUGUGUGACUAUUUGUAUUUCUUUGAUUUUUUUUUAUAUUUCACUUAAUCUUAUUUUGUAGAUUAUAUUUCUAAAUUGGUUGUCCUCAUGACAAACAUUUAUGUCUACUGAUUGAAAUUAAUUCUAAUAAAAUCAACUUCAUAAUUUGUAAUGCUUUUUACAAACUGAA